AUGUGUCUUGGUUCGUUCGGAAUACAAGAGGAAUGUGUUCCUCGAAAAUGUAUUAAUACAAAAUGUGGUCGAUUAUAUUGUACUCACUGUGUAAAUUCAGUAAAAACCCUUAAUGGAAAUAAUAAACGAUUUCGUUGUAUGUAUUGUUUACUUGAAUAUCCUCAUGAUCAAAUACCAAUGGAGCAUCAAUCACUCGUAGAACAAUUGUGGAAUAAUAUGGCUAUAAAAUAUGGUAUUCGUUAUACACGACAUUUGCUCUCAAGAGAUCUAACAGAAUAUAAUAUGAUUGAUCUUUGGUGUGAUAUUGAAUGUCGACGACGACAUUUAGUAAAUCUUAUUUUGACACUUGAACGUUUCUCCAGAUGGACACAAGCGCAUCAAGUAAUGACUGAUGCUCAUAUUAUGGCUGAGAAUUUAUUAGAUAUUGUCACACGAAUUCAAGAAGAUCCCAUUGGUAGUAUGAAAACAUGUCAAAAUGAAUAUAAACAGAUUAUUUCAAUAUCUGAUCAUGAUAACAAUAAUGAAAUCGGUUCACUAUAUAUUAAUUUAUGUGAACGUUUACUUAUCGAUAUUUCAGAUGCUGAGUUUUACCGAGCAUUCUCAAAUACACAUGCGAAAAUGAUCGAAUGGAAUUGUGCACUUGCCUCAGGUGAUCAAUUUCAACCACAAAUUCUUGAUUUAAUAUUAACGAUUGAAAAAGAUCUUAAUGAUCAAUGGUUGAAUCAUCGUCAUGAUAUCGUACGAGCUAAAAUUGGCAUUAUUGGCUAUACAUGUGUUGGUAAAAGUACCAUUCUUAAUCGUCUUCUUGGUAUGGAAGAUUUAUCUACUGAUGAAUCCUCGCCGGUACGUAGCAUAAAAAGUACUUAUUAUCAAUUACAAUUCGAUCGAAAAGAACUAUUAACAUCCCCUGAUAAUCACUUAAAGAAAACUGCUGCCACACUUGUGGAUAUUCAAGGUCAUGAUAAAGAUACAGUUACGGCUGAUAGUCAAGUUGAGCCAGGCAAUUAUCUAGAUGAAAUUCGUAAAGCUGAUUGUGAUAUUUAUAUAUUAGUAUUCGAUGAAAAACUUCGUUAUGAACAACAUGGUUGGAUUAAUUAUAUCGAACAGACAUUAAAGCGACAUUGCAUUUUAGUACGAUCCAAAGUAGAUAUUGACUUUUUGGCUAAAUUUCGUGAACGUGCAGGUAUAUAUUUUGGUAAGAGUACGUCAAUGCAACGUAAUCGAUUCACAUCAACAAUCAUUGAACAGUUAAGAUUUGACAAUGAGGUUGAAUCACAUCAAGUUUAUCUGACAGCGGUUGAUUAUAUGCCAUCAAGUUUCGAUGCUGAACUAUUAUUGAAAGAUCAACCAUUUGAUAUGAAAAUGUUAUUUGAUGAGCUAGGUCGUUUAGCAUUUGAUGCACGUAAUCAUCGUAUUCAUGCAUUAGCAAUGAGAGCAUUGGCUCGUGUCAUCAAUAUAUGUUUUCGCCGUGGUUAUGUACUGAAUGUAUUCAAUUAUAAGGUCGGAGCUGGAUUUGCUGCUGUUGUACCUUUCGGGGAUCAGCUGCCACGAUAUCUUGCAAGAGAUCAUAUUCGACAAGCAUUUGGUAUAACAAAGAAUCUUCGUCAAUAUUUAACUCAAUUUCAUCUAACCAUUGAUGAAGGCUGUUUGCAAACAUCAACACUUGAAAAUUGUGUUACAGCUACAAUAAUGAAAUCAAAAUCCAGCAAAACUUCAUUGGGAGCAGCAGUGGGUGGAGCGUUUAUGGCAGGUGCUCCGUUCUCUGAUGAUAUUAUUCGAGCAGCCGCACCAGCUGCAGUUGCUAUAACAGGAGGUGCACGCAUUGCACUUACUGCUACCACAGCUAUCGCUCGUCUUUUACACGGUUCAAUUUUUGCUAAAGUUAUUAAAGGCCUUCGUGAACUAGCAGAAGUAGAAACAUAG